CUUCAAUUGACCUUGCCAGAAACGUCGUCCGAUUUGACAAAAUGGAAAACGGCGGUCGACGUCGACGAUAUUCUCACCCUCUCGCAGCCAUAUCACAUACACUCUUGAAAUACCUAGGUAUAAAGGAUAGAGUUAAAUGUUCGAAACGUAAAUCCAAUUCCCCGUCAACAUCGACAACUUACUACACACUCAUAUCAAAUUUUGAAGCAACACCAAAUACCCCUGUUUUCCAUUAGGGGUCCAUUAGCAAAGCAACGCAGCGCAACGCAGCUCCACAAAAACUAAAUAAAUAACCCUUCCUCCCGUCUUUUCUAUCCACUAUGGAAUCCACCAAGACCCGCCCCACAAACAAUGGCGCACCAGUGUCAGUAAAUUCUGAUGUGGAUAUCGAGAGGUCAGUGGAGACGGGAGAAGCCGAAAACGAAAUAUUGGCUGCAGUUCAGAGCGAGAGUGAAAAGCAAAAUGCAUUUGCUCUGGAUUUUCCUGACGGUGGAGCAAGAGCCUGGUCUGUAGCACUUGGUGCCGCCGGUGUUUUGUUUUGCACAUUUGGAUAUAUUAAUGCUUUUGGUAGGUGCCGGAUCCCCGCUCAACUCAAUGUCUCAACUCAGAUUUUUAUAACAGUUAUCUCUCCCUUAAAAUAUCUUCAUUUGACGACAACUAACCGUUGCUUAGGUGUAUACCAGGAAUAUUACCAAACCCACCAACUCUCACAUCGAACCCCUUCAGAUAUAAGCUGGAUUGGAUCUCUUCAGGUGUUCUUUCUCUUUAGCGGAAGUGCCGUUGGUGGCCCACUCUUCGAUCGCUAUGGAGGGAAAACAAUAUGGCCUGCCGCACUGCUAUACGUCUUUAGCGUCAUGAUGACUAGUCUGUGCAAGGAAUACUAUCAAUUCAUGCUUGCACAAGGAGUUCUAGGUGGAAUAGCUACUGGUAUGACAAUGUCGCCUGGAAUGACAGCUGUUGGUCAAUACUUCGACAAACAAAGAGGGGCAGCAAUGGGUAUCACAGUCGCUGGAUCAUCAAUCGGAGGCGUGGUAUUCCCAAUCGCCCUUGCAAAAAUGUUUGCCAAUCCAAAAUUGGGGUUCGGAUGGACCGUUCGGAUCCUCGGAUUUAUUAUGCUUGCCGUUCUCGGAAUCUCUUGUACGGCCAUUCGAUCACGUCUACCUCCCCGAAAGAAGUCAUUCUUCCUUCCAUCAGCAUUCAAAGAACUCCCGUAUAUCACUUUACUCAUUUCGGCUUUCCUGAUGAUUCUUGGUGUAUUCAUUCCUAUAUUUUACCUUCCAACAUAUGCGGUUGAGUAUGGAAUGAGCACGGAAUUGGCUUCAUACCUUGUGGCGAUAUUGAACGGUGCAUCAUUCUUUGGUCGGGUUAUUCCAGGGGUUUUGGCAGAUAAAGUUGGUCGACUGAACAUGUUCUGUGCUGUCGGCAUUUCCACUGGAAUACUAGUAUUCUGUUGGCAAAGUAUCACUUCAAACGCUGGUAUCAUUGUCUUUGCGGCUAUUUAUGGAUUCUGUUCGGGCGCAAUCGUGUCACUCGUAACUGUGUGCUUCACAACUAUUCCUAAGAACCCACAAAACAUAGGAACCUACAUGGGAAUGGGUAUGGCUGUCAUUGGAUUUGCAGCAUUGAUUGGUCCACCCAUCAAUGGUGCACUUGUCGACCAUUAUCAUUCUUUUAACCAGGUUGCCGACUUUAGUGGUGUUAUGGUCUUAGUUGGUGGCAUUUUUGUUCUCGUGAUCAAAUAUGUGGAAGGGGGUUUAUUCAAGAAGAUCUAAUGUAUGAAUUCAUGGAUGAGAAAUGAAAUAUGUUAGGGACUUGGCGGGACAGUGCAGACACGAGGGCGCGAAUGGUAUAAUAAUAAGCCAGUCCCCCCUUUGCAUUUGUCUAAUUUGAUUUAUUUACAUGUCCUAGGGACAUUUGCGGCGCGACAGAUACCCAAGGAGGAUUUCUAUUACGGUUGUGCGGGCAGAUUAAUGUUUUACGGAAUUCAAUUUUCAUUUUCCCUCACUUAUAUUCUUAA